AUGUCCACUGGAGACGUGACUGGAGCUUUCCGCAGCAUACCCAUCGCUGCGGAGGCGGUUGGGCGAUUCUCGGCGCCUGUACGACCUACGUGGGGCAAGAUCUGCAGCGUCACGGACUGCUAUUUUGGCUACUAUGGUGUAAGCAGGAACUGGAGCGGCAUUUUGUGA